GCCUCUCUGUCUUUCUCCAUUUUCCAACUUGUCUUCUAUAUAUAUAUAUAGGCAUACGCAGUUGGAAACAUAGCCCAUCUACACAAAAGAAACACAAGGAAUACACUUGUAUGAGAGCUGUAAACUACGGGUUACUGCUAUUGAAUCAAUACCAACCAAGCAGAGUUUCUUGUUUCGUGAGGAAAAUCAUGUCUGGAUCAGAUCAUUCCUCUGGUCUUGAUCAGCCAAGGUUGGUGGUCAAGAAGGUCUUGGCCAAGCCUCAACGUGAGGGUGAGGGUGCUGUUGUUAGGAGGAGCAUUGGAAGGAGUGAAUUGAAAAACCUCGAUCCUUUUCUCAUGUUGGAUGAGUUCGCAGUUGCACCGCCUGCUGGUUUUCCGGAUCAUCCACACAGAGGCUUUGAGACUGUUACGUACAUGCUGCAGGGAGCUUUCACUCAUCAAGAUUUUGCAGGGCAUAAGGGCACAAUCCGAACAGGGGAUGUGCAGUGGAUGACUGCAGGCAGAGGCAUAAUCCACUCUGAAAUGCCUGCAGAUGAAGGAACCCAAAAGGGCUUGCAGCUUUGGAUCAAUCUAGCAUCCAAAGACAAAAUGAUUGAACCAAAUUACCAAGAAUUGCCGAGUGAGGACAUCAAAAGAGCAGAGAAAGAUGGCGUUGAAGUCCGGAUCAUAGCAGGAGAAUCAAUGGGAGUCCGGUCCCCAGUUUACACCAGAACUCCAACAAUGUACCUUGAUUUUACUCUAAAACCAAGGGCCCAAAUGCAUCAAAGCAUUCCAGAAUCAUGGAACUCCUUUGUGUACAUAGUUGAAGGGGAAGGAGUAUUCGGGGUAGUGAACUCAUCUCCAGUGACCGCUCACCAUGUCUUGGUUUUAGGCCCUGGUGACGGCCUGAGCGCGUGGAACAAGUCAUCCAAACCGCUGAGAUUUGUGCUCAUUGGAGGGCAGCCUCUGAACGAACCUGUUGUCCAGUAUGGGCCUUUUGUCAUGAACACACAGAAAGAAAUUGAACAAACUAUUGAGGACUAUCACUAUAGCAAGAAUGGAUUUGAGAUGGCCAAGUACUGGAGAUCCCAGUAAGUGGGCAAAGGCUCAUUUCUUGAAAGCCUCAGCAUGUUGCAAAGAGAAAUAAGGGGCACUAGCUCUCUCCCUCUCUCUCUCUGUCUCCCUCUCUUUCUCUCUCUAUAUUUAUGUCAAUAUUGUAUCGUCUUCUAUUAUCCGUACAGAGCAACUAGGAGUUAAUUUUUUUUCCUAUUCAUGGGAGGAAAAACUCCGUAAAGGCCUCAAAAUUGUAUCAUGGGUUAGCUUCCUUUGGGUAAUAUUUAUUUAGUAGAUGAAAUAGAAUAUGAUUAUUUGUUUGUUUUGUCCAAA